AUGAACAAAAAGUCAGCCUUGAUCUAUAUACGCGCUCCAAAUCUCGACUAUGAGCCUGAUAAGGCAAUUCGCCUUGGUCAUAUUUGGAAACACCCAAUGGAUCCCGGCUCGUUCUGUGGACCGCCUCUCCCUAUUCCUGAAGACAUGGAAACGAACCAUACUUUUAAAGCCCCUUGGCAUAUUGGCAGAGGCAGAGAAAACAGUGGCUCAUUGGGGAUUUGGGCCAAUUUCCUCCAGGCUGUAGGCGUUACAGCAGAAUCUAAUUUUGACUGGAGCAACGCCAACGAUGUGUCUCACACAUGCGAGAGACUAGAUACGUACUCCAUAGAGCCAACAGACGAUUAUGUCAAAGAGAGUGUCAAAGCCGUUGCUGUUGAGGCCGUCAAGCGCAGGCAGCGUCUGUUCAUGGUGACAGGCGUCAAGAUAGCGCGUGGUGCAGUCGGCUCCAUCUCCUCCUCAAGGCGUGUUGGGGGUGGUGCAAGAGUUGGAUUUGGUGGUGAAAGCUUGGGCGCGCCAUUCGAUGGCGGACCGCAGUUCAGCAUAUCCAGGGAUAUAUACGAUGAAGAAACAUAUGGCGAGUCGUCAGAUUUUGUGUUUGCAUACCGUGUCCGCCGGAUCGUUUAUCCUAAAGGAGGCUGGGAAUCGAUGCAGGCGGGACCAAGCAUUGUGAAUUAUGGACGAUGCGAAACGGAGGUAGGAGUGUCUGUUUCGAUCAGAUCGAGCGCUUGGCCUUUCAACUUGAGGCUCGAGUUUUCCGAGGGCGAUGAGGCCGAGAUACCAGGUCCUCUUCCGGUCGGUUACCCAUCGACAUGGCAAGAAGUAUGCGAGAGUGAGAGGAAUGUCAGUGUGCAAGACGGAAGACCUAAACACGAAGUUGUAGUGUCUCCGGAAGUUGGCAAAUUUGCUGGGCCUUCAGGGGCAAGAAGCAACUUUUCCUCAGAAAUCGAUGGGCUCGUACUUGGGGAUGAUCGAUUCGUGCUGGAGGAGUUUGGGCAUCAGGCUAACUUAAUACCUUUUGUUGACGACACUUGGGAGGACGGUCUUUUUAUCUCUUUUCGCUCAUAA